CACAGGUCCUCUUCGUGCUGGUCGACGUGGGCGGCUACGGCGCCAGCAUGCUGCCCUUCUUCGGCCUGACACCGGCCGAUGCGCCCACGCUGCGCUUCGUCAAGAUGGAGACCAACAGGAAGUACCAGAUGGAGGAGGACGCCUUCUCGGCCCCGGCCCUGCGUGCCUUCGUGCAGGCAGUGCUGGACGGCAAGGUGAAGCCCCAUCUGCGGAGCGCGGAGCCCCCCGAGGACUGGGACACGAAACCGGUUAAGGUCCUCGUGGGGAAGACCUUCGAGCAGGUGGCCUUUGAUGAGACCAAGAACGUCUUUGUCAAGUUCUAUGCGCCGUGGUGCAGCCACUGCAAGGAGAUGGCGGCUGCGUGGGAGGAGCUGGGUGAGCGCUACAAGGACCAUGAGGACAUCGUGAUUGCUGAGAUGGACGCCACGGCCAACGAGAUGGAGAACAUCACCAUCCGCGGCUUCCCCACGCUGCACUACUUCCCUGCUGGGCCAGGCAGGAAGAUGAUCGAGUACAAGAGUAACCGGGAUGUGGAGACCUUCUCCAAGUUCCUGGAAAACGGGGGGACACUGCCCAAGGAGCCGCCUGUGGUGCCCGAGACCCCCAGGAACACCACGGACACAGAGCAGCCCAGUCCUUCAGGAACUGCUGAAAGCAGAGACGAGUUGUGA